UGUCUGACCGGAUACAAUAGGACCUGGGAUAGGUCUCGCUGACAUGGCACAUUAGCCAAACGCCCCAGUGUAAUGACCCAGGAUUUUGGAAAAGGACACUUUCUCAAUCAUUGCCCUCACUGCACACUCAGCCCUAAGCUUCCCAUAGGACUGUGCCACCUAGAAGUCACCUUCAGACACCUUGGAGGGUCUAUAGUAGGUAAACUUAGAUAAGCAAAUGGAAAUUAGCUGUACCAGGGAAGGAGAGGUCAGCAUAGGUAGUGAGGAGUGGUUGGGUCCAGGAACAGACUGCAUUACAAAGGGAAGCACAUAUAAGAGAAGGCAGCGAAACACUCCACUUGCAAAUACUGGCACCUGUGGACGGGAGACGUGGACAGGACAGAAGAGAGGGAGAUGGGCUGGUUCACCCUCCACCUCCUGAGCCUUCUCUGGGCUGUGGCUGGGACCGUCACCCACAUCCGGAACUCUUGUUCCGUCCCCUCCGCACAGCAGCCCUUGGUGGAUGGCAUACAAGUGCUCAUGGAGAACUCGGUGACCUCCUCCUCCUUCCCAAACCCCAGCAUCCUGAUUGCCAUGAACCUGGCCGGAGCCUACAGCGUGGAGGCCCAGAAGCUUCUGACUUAUGAGCUCAUGGCCAGCAACACAGCCGACCUGACCACUGGCCAGCUUGCCCUCACCAUUAUGGCCCUCACCUCCUCCUGCCGAGACCCUGGGAAUAGAGUAUCAAUUCUGCAAAAACAAAUGGAGAACUGGGCACCUUCAAGCCCCAACGCCGAGGCGUCAGCCUUCUACGGGCCCAGUCUGGCGAUUUUGGCACUGUGCCAGAAGAACUCCGAGGCGACCUUGCCGAUAGCAGUCCGCUUUGCCAAGACCCUGCUGGCCAAUUCCUCUCCCUUCAACGUGGACACGGGAGCAGUGGCAACUUUGGCUCUGACCUGCAUGUACAACAAGAUCCCCGUAGGUUCAGAGGAGGCUUACAGAACCCUGUUUGGCCAGGUACUAAAGGAUAUUGUGGAGAAUAUCAGCCUAAGGAUCAAAAGCAAUGGCAUCAUCGGAGACAUCUACAGUACUGGCCUCGCCAUGCAGGCUCUCUCUGUAACACCUGAGCAACCUAACAAGGGGUGGAACUGCGAGAAGACUAUGGAUAUAAUACUUGAUGAGAUUAAGCAGGGGAAAUUCCACAACCCCAUGUCCGUUGCCCAAAUCCUCCCUUCACUAAAAGGCAAGACGUACCUAGAUGUGCCCCAAGUGUCUUGUAACCCUGGUCAUGAAGUGCUACCAACUCUACCCAACGAUCUUAGCCCUGUCCCCACCUCAGCACCCAACAUCACUGUCAUAUACACCAUCAAUAACCAGCUGAGGGGGGUGGAGCUACUCUUCAAUGUGACCAUCAACGUUAGUGUGAAGAGAGGGUCGGUGCUACUCAUUGUCCUUGAAGAAGCACAGCGCAAAAAUCCCGUGUUCAAAUUUGAAACUACAAUGACAUCUUGGGGCCUUAUCAUCUCUUCUAUCAACAAUAUUGCUGAGAAUAUUAAUCACAAGACAUACUGGGAGUUCCUUAGUGGCACAACACCUCUGAAUGAAGGGGUUGCUGACUACAUACCCUUCGACCACGAGCAUAUCACAGCUAACUUCACACAGUACUAAGGAGGAGGUGGGUUCAGCCUCCAUUGGACAUCUCCGAAAGGAUGGGUGGAAUUUUUUCCACUUCAUUUCAAAUCUACACAAAAGUGAAUAUUUAUGAUGCCACCAUAUUCCUUCAAAACAUGGAAAACUACCAUGGGAAUAAAGAUGCAAAGUUCGCUGGAGUCUCAACCUCUGUGACCCAUGAAAAUAAAAGUUCUAGCUUCUCAA